UUGGUGAAUGAAGUUGGUCAUUCCGUUAAUUCAUUCCUUGCUUUACCGGAAACGAGCCGGGAUGGAAAUUUGCGUUCACGAUCGCAUGAAGACCAUCAGGUGUGUUUGUUACCGCGAGUACCAACGAUCAUGCACACUGCUGGAAGUUUGGUGAAUGAAGUUGGUCAUUCCGUUAAUUCAUUCCUUGCUUUACCGGAAACGAGCCGGGAUGGAAAUUUGCGUUCACGAUCGCAUGAAGACCAUCAGAUCCGCGAUAUGGAGAUUGUUGAAUCGGACUCGGGCGACUCAGUCAAACGAUUUAUCCCAGUGUCGAGUGUUCCCGUUUCAACCGCUUUUUCAAAUCCGCCAGUGUUGGCUGCAGUACCUCCACCCCAAGUAGCCAUUCCUCAGACGCCGCCACCUUCGAUCACUGCUGUUUCGUUUUCAAGUAAUAAAUGCGUAGUGAAACUUCGAGUUUCGAUCAAGGAACUAAUAUGUGUUGAGGCAAUGGCAUCAGCGAAGCAAAACCGGGCCUUCUCAAAAGCGGUUUGGCCGUGGCGUCGGAAGCGACUCUCCCAUGACAAUUAUAUGCGUCGUUAG